UAUGUCGAUUAAAAUUCGCAGCUCAACAAGCCUGUACUUUUUGCAUUUUGCGUUCUUUGUGAAAACUGUCAGAAAAAAUAGUGUUUUUACAUAUUAAAACCUAUUAAAGCUAUCCGUAAAAAGUAGAAAAACUAUAUUAACCUUGCAAAUAACACUUUAAAAGUGAAUAAAGCAACCUGCAAAGCGUCAAAACUAGUAAAAGUGCCCACUGAAAAAUUGUGAAAUUCAGCACAGUUUCUUCGCAUCGGAAGAACAAUAAAACUAACAAGAGGAGGACCUCGAUUUGCAAACGAAGUUUCAACGCACACACAGUUCAAAACUGUGACAAAGACAAAGUCUGCAAAAGGAAAUCAUAUACACAAAAAAAUAAAUCAGUGCAAAUCUUCAUUUAACAUAUCAAAGAAAACAUUUUUAUUGAAAUGGUGCAGACUGGAAUAUCGCUGAACGAGCGUUUCACUCAAAUGCAAUCUCGCCAACAAUCGGCACCGACACCGACUCGCGGACGUCGCAGUCGCUCCCAGAGUCGCAGUCGCCGCAUUGUGGAUGCAGCAUCAUCGGUCGCCAAUACUCGCCUGCUGCAGGAGUUCAAAAGGAAGCACACCGUCCAGACGGCCCUGAAAUUGAAGCGCAGAAGCUUGCGGACAACUGCCAACGGCGCUGGCGCGUCUCGCGUUGGCGGCAUCAAAUCGCUCCGGAAGGGGCCCAGUGGAAGGGCCGGGCGCUCAACCAACGGCACUCGCCUGGCAACCAUGCGCGCCGAUUUGAUUGCUAAUAGUGGACGCGCACGUCGAAGCAGCAGCGGCACCCGACGAUCCAGUUCGGCGGUUGGAGGACUACGCCAAAGACUGGGGCUACGUCGACCCACAGUGGGUGGCGCAGCUGAGCGGGUAGCUCAACGUCGUCGUGGUUUGCCUCGACAGCAGCAGCAGCAGCAGCGUCAACAGCAGCCUCAGCAACAACAGCUCGCCCGAGGCCGUUCACGCAGUCGUGGACGUGCCCGCUCGGUGAGUCGCGGACGCGACCAGAGCCGUGGACGCGAUCAGAGUCGGGGACGCGAUCAGAGUCGCACCCGUUCGCAGAGUCGUGGACGCCGGCAACAGCCGGCCAAUGCGGGCAGAGGUGGUGACGGACGUGCAGCUGGCCGUGUGUCGGUGAAGCAGCGUCUGGGCGUGCGUCCAGGCGUGUCGGCAGGAGCCGGUAAAAGAGGAGCAGGUGCAGCAACCAAUAAGCGACGUGGCAAUCGUCGUAGCAACAGUCAAGUGCGCGGCGUUGCUGCCGGACGCAUUGACAAGCGUCGCAAUUCGAACCCAGCUCAGAAGGCAGUUGCAGCUGCCACUGGGGGACGUGGACGCAAAGGACGCGCACGUAACAGGUCUGCUGUACGUGCCGUUGCUGCUGCCAGUGCUGUUUCUGCUGCCACACAUCGCUCACGUUCUCGCUCACGAUCUCGUGGUCGUCAGGGAAAUUUAGCUGCUGUUGCUGCCGCUGCUGCUUCGGGAAAUGCCAGGCAAAAGGGUGCAGGCGUUGCCGGCGCACGUCGCCGUGGACGCAGCUUACAGCGCGCAGGUGGCAAAGUGGCCAGGGCUGGUAAUAGAAAUGGUAAUACCAAGAACAACAGCAAUGGCAACAACAACAACAACAAGAACAGCACAGGAGCUGGAAAGGCAAGCCAACAACAAGGUCGUCGCGGACGUAGUCGCGCUCGUGGUGGUCGACCUGCUGCAGGCAACCCACAACGUCAGGAAGUGAAGCGUGAGGAUCUGGACAAGGAACUGGAUCAGUACAUGUCAACCACAAAAUGUGAAAUGGACUUUCUGUUGAAGUAAAUCAAAGCAACCGUUGACCAAAGAGAAGCUGGGGCGAGCGAAUCACCACCGUAUGGCAGUUUUUUACUAAUUCUUAAGUUAUCUCUUAGUUACUAAUUAGCUUUAAGACUCUCAACAUCAAGUACCGAUGCCACAGAGGUGCGUCCAAUGCUCUUUAAUUAAUGCUAAUUAUGCAUUAUGUAAAUAUCUUAACAUUAAGUAAUAGAUCUGUUCGUAUAUAAUUACAAUUGUCAAUUGUAUGGAGCGGAAAUACACAGUUUAAUUCUUGUUCAAUCU